AUGGUAGAUGGGAAUGAAUCAAGUCACUUGGAACAGCAACUUGAAGAAGCUAAUUCUGUGAGGCGAGAACUAGAUGAUGCUUUUAGACAAAUCAAGGCUUAUGAAAAACAAAUCAAAACAUUACAACAAGAAAGGGAAGAAUUAAAUAAGGAACUAGUCCAGGCUAGUGAGCGAUUAAAAAACCAAUCCAAAGAGCUGAAAGACGCACACUGUCAGAGGAAACUGGCCAUGCAGGAAUUCAUGGAGAUCAAUGAGCGGCUAACAGAAUUGCACACCCAAAAACAGAAACUUGCUCGCCAUGUCCGAGAUAAGGAAGAAGAGGUGGACCUGGUGAUGCAAAAAGUUGAAAGCUUAAGGCAAGAACUGCGCAGAACAGAAAGAGCCAAAAAAGAGCUGGAAGUUCGUACAGAAGCUGUAGCUGCUGAAGCAUCUAAAGACAGGAAAUUGCGCGAACAGAGCGAGCACUAUUCUAAGCAACUGGAAAAUGAAUUAGAGGGACUGAAGCAAAAACAAAUUAGUUACUCACCAGGAGUAUGCAGCAUAGAACAUCAGCAAGAAAUAACCAAACUAAAGACUGAUUUGGAAAAGAAAAGUAUCUUUUAUGAAGAAGAAUUGUCCAAGAGAGAAGGAAUACAUGCAAAUGAAAUUAAAAAUCUGAAGAAAGAACUGCAUGAUUCAGAAGGCCAGCAACUUGCUCUCAACAAAGAAAUUAUGAUUUUGAAAGACAAAUUGGAAAAAAACAGGAGAGAGAGUCAAAGUGAAAGGGAAGAAUUUGAAAAUGAGUUCACACAACAGUAUGAACGAGAAAAAGUGUUAUUAAUGGAAGAAAAUAAAAAACUGACAAGUGAGCUUGAUAAGCUUACCACUUUGUAUGAGAACUUAAGUACGUGCAAUCAGCAGUUAGAAGAAGAGGUAAAAGAUCUAGCAGACAAGAAGGAGUCAGUUGCACACUGGGAAGCUCAAAUCACAGAAAUAAUUCAGUGGGUCAGUGAUGAAAAGGAUGCACGAGGAUAUCUUCAGGCCUUAGCUUCUAAAAUGACUGAAGAAUUGGAAGCUUUAAGAAACUCCAGCUUGGGUACCCGAGCAACAGAUAUGGCCUGGAAAAUGCGUCGUUUUGCAAAACUGGAUAUGUCAGCUAGACUGGAGUUGCAGUCAGCUCUGGAUGCAGAAAUAAGAGCUAAGCAGGCCAUCCAAGAAGAGCUGAAUAAAGUUAAAGCGUCUAACAUCAUAACAGAACGUAAACUAAAAGAUUCAGAGAAGAAGAACUUGGAACUACUAUCAGAAAUUGAACAACUGAUAAAGGACACUGAAGAGCUUAGAUCUGAAAAGGGUAUAGAGCACCAAGACUCACAGCAUUCUUUCUUGGCAUUUUUGAAUACGCCUACCGAUGCUCUGGAUCAAUUUGAAGAUUCCUUUUCUUCUUCCUCAUCUUCACUGAUUGAUUUUUUGGAUGACCGCUCUCCAUCCUGUACUCCAGCUAGCAAAGGCAGACGUACUGAUCCCGUUGAGAACACAUAUGUACGGAAUCCGAACGUCAAGUUUUACAUCCAGUCAAGUUCCACAUCUUCCACAUCUAGUGAAGCUGAGCCAGUUAAGACUGUAGACUAUACUCCACUUCCAGUUCACACACCAACCUUAAGGAAAAAGGGAUGCCCUGGUUCAACUGGCUUUCCACCUAAGCGCAAGACUCAUCAGUUUUUUGUCAAAUCUUUUACUACUCCUACCAAAUGUCAUCAGUGUACCUCCUUGAUGGUGGGCUUGAUAAGACAAGGCUGUUCCUGUGAAGUGUGUGGAUUUUCAUGUCACAUAACUUGUGUAAACAAAGCUCCAACUGCUUGUCCAGUUCCUCCUGAACAGACAAAAGGUCCCCUGGGUAUAGAUCCACAGAAAGGAAUAGGAACAGCAUAUGAAGGGCAUGUCAGGAUCCCUAAGCCAGCUGGAGUGAAGAAAGGAUGGCAAAGAGCACUGGCUGUAGUUUGUGAUUUCAAACUCUUUCUGUACGAUAUUGCUGAAGGAAAAGCCUCUCAGCCCAGGGUUGUAGUCAGCCAGGUGAUUGACAUGAGGGAUGAAGAAUUUUCUGUGAGUUCAGUCUUGGCUUCUGAUGUUAUUCAUGCAAGUCGAAAAGACAUACCCUGUAUAUUUAGAGUCACAGCUUCCCAGCUCUCAGCGUCUAAUAACAAAUGUUCAAUCCUGAUGCUAGCAGAUAGUGAGAAUGAGAAGAGUAAAUGGGUGGGAGUGCUGAGUGAAUUGCACAAGAUUUUGAAGAAAAACAAAUUCAGAGACCGCUCAGUGUAUGUUCCCAAAGAGGCUUAUGACAGCACUCUUCCCCUCAUUAAAACGACCCAGGCAGCUGCAAUCAUAGAUCAUGAAAGAAUAGCUUUGGGGAAUGAAGAAGGGUUAUUUGUUGUGCAUGUCACCAAAGAUGAAAUUAUUAGAGUUGGUGACAAUAAGAAGAUUCAUCAGAUUGAACUCAUUCCAAAUGAUCAACUUGUUGCUGUGAUCUCAGGACGAAAUCGUCAUGUACGACUUUUUCCUAUGUCAGCUUUGGAUGGGCGAGAGACUGAUUUUUAUAAAUUGGCAGAAACUAAAGGGUGUCAAACCAUAACUUCUGGAAAAGUACGUCAUGGAGCGCUUACAUGCCUGUGUGUGGCUAUGAAAAGGCAGAUCCUCUGUUAUGAACUAUUUCAGAGCAAGACCCGUCACAGAAAAUUUAAGGAAAUUCAAGUCCCAUGUAAUGUCCAGUGGAUGGCAAUCUUCAGUGAACAACUCUGUGUGGGAUUCCAGUCUGGAUUUCUAAGAUACCCCCUGAAUGGAGAAGGAAGUCCAUACAGUAUGCUCCAUUCAAAUGACCAUACACUCUCAUUUAUUGCACAUCAACCAAUGGAUGCCAUCUGUGCAGUUGAAAUCUCCAGUAAAGAAUAUCUGCUGUGUUUUAACAGCAUUGGGAUAUAUACUGACUGUCAGGGCCGAAGAUCUAGACAACAGGAAUUGAUGUGGCCAGCAAAUCCUUCCUCUUGUUGUUACAAUGCACCGUAUCUCUCAGUGUAUAGUGAAAAUGCCGUUGAUAUCUUUGAUGUGAACUCCAUGGAAUGGAUUCAGACUCUCCCACUCAAAAAGGUUCGACCCUUAAACAGUGAAGGAUCAUUAAAUCUUUUAGGGUUGGAGACGAUUAGAUUAACAUAUUUCAAAAAUAAGAUGGCAGAAGGGGAUGAACUGGUAGUUCCUGAAACAUCAGAUAAUAGUCGGAAACAAAUGGUUAGAAAUAUUAACAAUAAGAGGCGUUAUUCCUUCAGAGUUCCAGAAGAGGAAAGGAUGCAACAAAGGAGGGAGAUGCUGCGAGAUCCAGAAAUGAGAAAUAAAUUAAUUUCCAACCCAACUAAUUUUAACCACAUAGCACACAUGGGUCCGGGAGAUGGAAUACAGAUUCUAAAAGACCUGCCCAUGCCGGGUUUCCCUUAUCCAUCCCCUCAUCAUCACUCCGGUCUGAUCUCCUCUCCGAUCAACUUUGAGCACAUCUAUCACAUGACUGUUAAUUCUGCUGAAAAAUUUCUCUCUCCUGAUUCCAUAAACCCUGAAUAUUCCCCGUCUCUACGCUCUGUCCCCGGUACACCAAGCUUUAUGACUCUGAGGAACCCUCGGCCUCAGGAAAGUCGGACAGCAUUCAGUGGCUCGGUCAGUAUUCCAUCUGUCACCAAAUCCCGCCCUGAACCUGGUCGCUCCAUGAGUGCCAGCAGCGGCCUGUCAGCAAGGUCAUCCGCACAGAACGGCAGUGCAUUAAAGAGAGAAUUCUCCGGAGGAAGCUCCAGUGCAAAGCGGCAGCCCAUGCCCUCCCCGUCAGAGGGCUCGCUGUCCUCGGGAGGCCUGGACCAGGGAAGUGACGCCCCGGCGGGGGACUACGACGCAGAGGACUCUGAUUCUCCGAGGCAUUCCACAGCUUCCAACAGUUCCAACCUGAGCAGCCCUCCCAGCCCGGUGUCGCCCCGGAAGACCAAGAGCCUCUCCCUGGAGAGCGCCGACCGCGGGAGCUGGGACCCGUGAGUGGCCUCCGCUCUCAGACCAGACGCCGGCAGCGGCCGCUCUGGGCUCCCCUCCGCUCACUCACCCUGUGCUCUCACUGUCAUCCCCCCCUCCCCACCCCUGCCUGGAAGCGCCAGGGCCGCAGCAGCAGCAGGCGGGGACUCAGGAAUUCUGCAUCUGGGACUCGCGGCCACGCCCCCUCGACUGAACAGCGACAGCCGUAAAGGCAGACUUUCAUUGAGCAGCUCAGAUUAAUACCGAUUUCAUUUCAUACACUUAGCGUUGCUUUCCAGAAUAUUUCACCCCUCCCCUGAAAGGUAGCUUAAGUAGGCAGAUUACACAAAUGUAAGCGAUAAGAAUAAGAUUAGACAGCCAUUGUUCUCACAGCAGAGUCCCGUUGUAGCCCUGAGACAGCACGUGGGGCUCUCGCCAGUGGGCCCCGGGCACGCCAAGCCCCUUCAGCACCACAGUGAAUGUCGACCUGAUCGUUGCCAGUAAAUCCCUGUUCACUAAAACAAUGCAUAUUUUACUACAAAAUAGAGUUUAACUAAAUACACAAAUGUAGAGCUUAAAUACUGACUGUAUAUAAUA